CGCAGGAUCACGACGAUAGCAGAAGAGACAGGAGCAGCUCUGCCAGUUCGAGCCGAAAUAUUCGAUCUCCUCCUGCUCCGUUUCCAAACACACUUUUGAAGUACGACGCAGCCAAUCGCGUAGGCCUCGACAAGAUUCUGACAAUUCCUGCACUAAACUUGAUAAACACAACUUCAUCAGCAUCAAGAGCAGGCAGUAAGAACAAGAUCACAUCGUUGUCAGAAGCGCAAGGAGGGACCGCUAGUAUAGUAGACGGUAGAAGAGAGAGCGUUGGAGUCAAAAAGACAGGUUUUGCGGAUGCCGCGACGGUUCAGGUAACAUCCUCACCGGGAUUAGAAAGUAGAAGCGUUAGCGUUCUGCCAGCGCGCAAGAUGGAAGCCCUAUCUCGAGAUGUCUCAUUGUCUACACUCUCUCAGAUGCUACUUCAAAACACUUCUGUGAAGCGAGG